CCGUCCCAAUUGAACCGGAACCACAAAACCCUAGAAAACGAAUUCGAAGAGAUUUCUUUGUGGCUCAUCUCGGAGGUGUAGCCUGGCGUUGACUCGUCGGAGGAUGGCGAAGAAGAAGGUGGCUACGGUGAGCCCACUCCGGUGGUUGGAGAUCGUGACGGAGGAGAGAGUGUCCUGCAGAUCCACUUUGUCUCGUGGAGUUCUUGUUUCCUUUCUGUUCAGCACCCAACCUCCUCCUCCAUCUCCGAACGGCACCGAACCGUCCUCUUCUUCCUUCUCCGCCUCCGACCAGAACCCGUCUAAGAACGAAGAGGAGAGAGAGGUCGGGUGCGAGGGGUUAGGGCUCAAAGAUGGUGUAUGUUCCAGAGUUCAAGGCCUCCGUUUCAGAGACGAAUUGGAGCAACUCCGAAAGAAGUCUGGGGCCAUUGAUAAAGCACUUCUCUUCCCUUGUCAAGUGGACGAGGGCGGCAUCUGCCAAAACACCCCAAUCAGGGGAAGCCUCCUGACUGGCAAGAUUUUGCGGUUAUUAUUACUCUGCUGGUCAUCAACUCCACCAUUAGUUUCAUCAAGGAAAAUAAUGCGGGUAAUGCUGCAGCAGCUCUGA